AAGCGAGAUACCUUUCUCUGUUCUCCUUUUUCUCUCUAUAGUUCAUGAUCUAGUUUUUAUUAAAUACUAAUUCCCCCGAUCUGCUAUUAGCACAACAAUAUCGAUCACUGCUUUGCGAGAAGAGAGAGAGAGAGAGAGGAUGGGACAUCACUCAUGCUGCAACAAGCAGAAGGUGAAAAGAGGGCUAUGGUCACCGGAAGAAGAUGAGAAACUCAUCAAUUACAUUUCGACCUAUGGCCAUGGUUGCUGGAGUUCUGUCCCCAAACAUGCCGGUCUACAGAGAUGUGGGAAGAGCUGCAGAUUAAGAUGGAUAAAUUAUCUCAGACCAGACUUAAAACGCGGGAGCUUCUCUCCUGAAGAAGCAGCACUCAUAAUCGAACUCCAUAGCAUUCUAGGAAACAGGUGGGCUCAGAUAGCCAAGCACCUACCAGGAAGAACAGACAAUGAGGUUAAGAACUUCUGGAAUUCAAGCAUAAAGAAGAAGCUCAUCUCUCAAGAGCUCGCUCCUGCUGUAGCCACCUUUCCUGCUGAUAUCUGCUAUCAUGGAAACUCUGAAGAAGGUUUCUUCUCUUUAAAUGCAAACCCUAACUGGAUCCUCAGCUCUCAACAAGACCAGCUAUACCUUCCCAAUCCAAACCCAGCGUUACAAGUCUUUGAUCAAGGUGAUCUUAAAUUAGAGAACACCGAAUUUGGUGCCAACUUGGUUCAUUUUCCGCCCGGCCUGGUGCCUCCACCAUCCAUUUCUGCUUCUAAUGACCCCAUGAUAUGGUCAUUAGACUAUCAAUCCCAACAGCUUGACCUCAGUCAAGAGCAUCAAAUUUUCAGCAUAGGAUCAGCAACCAGCAGACAUUAUCUUGGCGAAAAAGUAAUUAUCGAUCCAAGUAUUAUCACAGCACCGCAUUAUGAGAAUUCAUUAGCAGUGCCUCCGAUGCCAAAACUUUGUGAGAUCAUUGAUGGGAAUGUUUGUAGCGUUCCAUAUUCAUCUGCUUCGCAAGAUCACGCUCUUGAACCGCUUGCUAUCCCAUGUUUUCCAUCUGGUUCCAACUAUCCGCAUGAUCCACAAGUAGUACCCAACAAUCAAAUGGAGUAUAUGAUCGAUGUCAUCAUGCCAUCAUCAUCUUCUUCAUCGCCAUCUUGCUUCUCCCCAUUGUCAAGUGGCCAACUGUCACAAACCCUAAGUUUCGUUCAAGCUGGGACCCAGCUUAGGUAGACAUGGUACUUUAUUGGAGUAAUUGGGUACGGUGCAUGCAUGUAUUGAUCAUAGGCAUAUAUUUAAUUGAUAUAUAGAACGCAUUGUAUUUAUUGAGAAAACCUAAAUGUUUCUAGGUCAAGGUGAGUAAUGCUGGUGAAGUUCCAUUCACAUGUGCAUAUGAGUAUUUUUCUAGUCUGGAGUACUUCUACUACUGAACUAUAUAUAUUUGUAUAUCAUGCACUCAAAAUUUCUA